UGUGACUCUGGCUAUUUCUUGUUCAGUGGUAGACAUGUUGCUUGCAAAUGUGGUUUGGAGGAAUUAGUUUUAAAUUUCUAAAAAUUAAAUCCUUCCUCUUUCUUUCAAGAAGUAUUGAGAGUUAUCUUGCAGUCCUUCCUCUGCUCUGACAAAGGACAGCCAUUUACCAGUCAAGAAAGACUGACCUAAACAAUAAGAAAGGAUAAAGGUGUUAAAAAUUUGGAAAAAGACGUCAGCAUGGAACAUACUGCAAAAGAUACCACAGAAAGCUCUGAUCUCAGUGAUGGUGGCAUUCUUUCCAGAAUGGCCCUCAAUGACAACAAAGCUGGAAUGGAAGGGUUGGAUAAAGAAAAGAUUAACAAAAUAAUUUUGGAAGCAUCUAAGGGAUCAAGGUUUUAUGAAAAUGAAUGCAAGAAAGAGCAACAGGUGAACCAGCGAAUUGAGAAAAUGUUACAGCAGAAAGCACAAAUUACAGAGCAACAUCUAAAGAAGAAGCAACAGCAGGUGGAGCAACUUGCAAUUGAACUGGAGAAGAGCCGUGACCUUAGUCGCACGGUUGUACAUAUUGACAUGGAUGCUUUUUAUGCUGCUGUGGAAAUGAAAGAUGCCCCAGAGCUGAAAGAUAAACCAAUGGCUGUUGGAUCAAUGAGUAUGCUGUCAACAUCAAAUUAUCAUGCCAGGAAAUAUGGAGUACGUGCAGCCAUGCCUGGAUUUAUUGCUAAGAAACUCUGUCCAAAUUUAAUUAUCAUUCCAACAAAUUUCGCUAAGUAUCGAGCAACAAGUAAGGAGGUACAAGAGAUACUGAUGGAUUAUGACCCCAAUUUUAUACCAAUGAGUCUUGAUGAAGCCUACCUGGAUAUAACAGAACAUUUACAACAAAGGCAAAACUGGCCUGAACAUAAACGGACAUACUAUUAUCAUGGAGAAGGUGAUUCGAAAGUAAAAGAGAACAUGGAGAAUUUCCAGCAAUCCACUGAAGAUUUAGGAGACAUUUCACCAAUACUUUUUGAAGACAGCCCUCCCGUACUGUCACAGCAGGGGUCAGCUCAGAGUGAAUUGCCGCAGACAGAUCCUUACCUGCAAAUCAAUGGAAAAGAGUCACAUCAGCAGAAAGAAGUGAUUGUGUUUGGUGUUACAGCAGAGGAAGCUGUUAGAGAAAUGCGUUUUAGGAUUGAGCAGAAGACAAAAUUAACAGCAAGUGCAGGAAUUGCACCAAACAUGAUGCUGUCCAAAGUUUGCAGUGACAUGAACAAACCAAAUGGUCAGUAUCGAAUUCCAGCAGAGAGAGAUGCUGUGAUGGAUUUCAUAAAGAAAUUGCCCAUUAGAAAGGUACCUGGUAUAGGAAAAGUGACAGAAAAGAUGCUGAAUGCAUUAGGAAUCACUACAUGCACUCAAUUGUACCAGCAGGGGGCCUUGCUUUCCAUCCUUUUCUCUGAGAGCUCCUCAUAUCAUUUCUUACAGAUCUCACUUGGUCUGGGUGAGAACCACCUUGCGAGAGAUGGUGAUCGGAAGAGUAUGAGCACAGAAAGGACAUUCCAUGAAAUGAGUAAAGCAGCGGAGCAGUACAGCUUAUGUCAUGAACUUUGUCAUGAUCUUGAAGAAGAUCUUCAAAAGGAGGGACUAAAGGGGAAAACAGUAACUCUAAAGCUGAAGAAUGUAAACUUUGAAGUGAAGACCAGAGCCUGCACAGUUCCAGUACCAGUUUCCAAAGAAGAAGAAAUAUUUGCAGUGGCACAUGAGUUGCUGAAAACUGAGAUUAAUAACAUGCAUCCUCAGCCACUGAGACUGAGACUUAUGGGUGUGCGGGUGUCUGGGUUUGUCCAACAAGAGGAAAAAAAAUCUGGCCAGAAAAGCAUCACCAAAUUUUUAUUUACUGGAAAGUCUGAGAGCACCACUAUGUCUGACAAUACAGUUGUCAAGGAUCAAGCAGAACUUUCAGAAGUACCCAAAACAGAGAGUCUUUUCAGUAAAAGGUGCCAACAAAGCAAUCAACAAUCCUUUUUCAACCAGGUUCUUGCAAAAAAACAACAAGGAAGGUACAAACCUGCUGGAACAAUCCCAGCAGGCACUGAUGGUGAGGGCAGUGGUCUAAACCCAAAAUUAAAGGCUACCAGUGUUUGUCCGAUAUGUUUCAAAAGGCAGGGCAUACCAGCUUUAGAGACAUUUAACAAGCGUCAUGAUGAGUGCCUAUGUGUAACUAGGCCUCUUGAAGUUGCACAGACUAUAGGAGAAUCAAAAACAAGUUAUAUAAAGACAACAUCUGGCUUGGAUAAUAAUUUGAAAAAUGCAGUCAUCAAUCUAAAAAGUGAUCAGUUAAAUCAGAGACCUUCAGAAACAUAUUUACAAGGAGAAACCAAAAAUAACAGCAUUAACUGGGAAGCUUCAACAAACAACAGUUUGUGUUAUAUUGGGCAACCUGGUGACCAAAGAAAUAUUAAAACAAUACUUACAAAUCAUGUGCAACUUCCUAAUAGUGCAGCAAAAUGCUUGGCAUUCACUAAGGAUGAAGAUAUGUUGAAAGAGGAGUUUUCAGACUGUAACCAAAAGAGCAUCAAAUUAUCAAGUAAAUAUACUAACAUGACGCAGAAGGAGAAGCAAUUUAGUCUGCAAGAAUCAAGUCCUGACAUGUUAAAUCAACCUUCAUUUGUACAAUAUGACCAGUUAAUACAGGGAACUGAACAGCAACAGUCAAACCAGUUACUAAAGAACAUCAAAUCAUCACAGGAAAGGCCUACUGUUCAGUUAGAGAAACCAGUUGGCCUAGUUUGUCCAAUUUGCAACAUUAACCAAGAAACAACUGAUCUCUCAUUGUUCAACAAGCACGUUGACAUUUGUCUAAAUCAAGGGGUUAUACAAGAACUAACUGAAAGACCAACACACUCAUGUAUCACAGAAUGCAAUUCAAAUGGAAUGGGUCCAACAGUGUUGGAGAAACAGCCUUCAAAUUCAAGCAUUCGAACUAAAAGAACUGGAUCCACAACCCAGCAACAAAUAACCAAGAAAGCAAGAUGUAAUGGUUCCAAAAACACCAUUGAUAAAUUUUUUAAAUAAAUAAGCUAAUAAAACAAACUGAUUUAAAAUAAAUUAAUUGUCAUUUUGAUAAUGCACAGUGUCCAGUACAUGUUAUAAAACACUUUUGUUUAUAUAGUUGGUAUAUUCUCAACUCGUUUAUUUUCACUUUUAUCAAUUUGUUGAGCAAUUGUUCCAUAGAUAUUUAAGCCAGAAAUUUUAGAUGUCAAGAUAAAUUAUAAUGACUAUCAGUAAUAAAUAAUUACUUUUCCAGACUGAAUUUAAAUAGAUAUGGAAUCAUGAAAUCUGU